AUGGGUUUCACUGAUUUCUCUUCGGAAUCUGGCCUUGCCACUGCCAAUCAAUUCUUUUCUACCCGAAGCUACGUGGAAGGCUAUGCCCCCACCCAAGCUGAUGUUGUCACAUUCAAGGCAUUCAAAAAUGCCCCUGACGCAGUCAAAUACCCUCAUGUCGCCCGUUGGUAUAAGCACAUUGCUUCGUACGAGUCGGAAUUCGCUGCCCUCAAGGGUGAUCCGUCCCGGUCGUACACUUCGUUUGGCCCCAGCUCUGCUGAUAUCCCAGUGAUCGGCAAGAAAGCCGCGGCGGAUGACGAUGACGAUGAUGACAUGGACCUUUUCGGCAGCGAUGAUGACGAAGAUGCAGAGCUCAUUGCUCAAAGAGAAAAGAAUCUCGCGGAGUAUAGGAAACGGCCUUCGAAGCAGAAGAUCGCCAAAUCCUUUGUUACGCUCGAGAUCAAACCCGCCAGCAGUAGAACCCCCAUGACAAAAUUACGGGACGAAAUCAAAAGGUUCCUCCUAAAAGCUGGGCCUCCUCAAAAUGAUGGACUGUCUCUGGACGAAGAUAAACGUGAGGCCAGACCUGGCAUUGUAUAUAGCGCUGAUAAAAUGAAGGACAUUGGCUAUGGUAUCAAGAAACUCCAGGUACUCUUCACCGUUGAGGAUGAAAAGAUCUCUGUCAGUGAUAUCCAAGAAGACAUCGAGAAGUAUUUCGGCGACGAUGAAGAAGGCGUUUUCAGAGAACCAGCAAUUGUCGACGAGGAGGGAGAAGUCGUCGAAGAGGAAGAAGGCUGGGUUCAAUCAACUGAUCUUGUCGAAAUGCAAAAACUCUAA